AAAAUAGAACCCAGACAACCCCAGUCCAGAACUACUCGCGUCUCUUUAGUAGGACGUCUGCAGAGAAUCCUCCUUUCCCCAGCCUGAGACUCACCAUGAAAGUCAGGAUCGCAGCCUUAAUUGCCGGGACACUUGGGGCACUCGGGGUGCUCUGUUUUCUAACAGCUUUUGGGACUGAUUAUUGGCUGAUGGCGAGCGAAAACUGUGGGCGACCUACCCAUCCGACAUCCGACAGCAGCAGCGCCCGGGGGUCAUCUAAUGGCGAAGAGAUCCUGGUAAAGAAAACAACUUUAAAAGUUGUGCGUGAUCUGACAGAAACCACUUUUCACCACGAGGGUUUCUUCUGGAGAUGCUGGUUCCAAAGAAAUGACUCCCAAGAUAGCAUAUGGAACUUCCUCUUUACAAAUCAAGCUUCCCAUAAGUUCUGCAUACAUGGGUACCUCUUCCCCUUGCCUGUUGCCAUUGGGCCAGUCCCCCAUCCUUCUUAUGAUGCCACCGCAGUGUUCCGUGGAUUCUGGACAGCAUUUAUUGUCCUGGCUAUCACCGUCAGCUUAGUUGGUGGAUUCUUGCUAGUCUGUGCCGUGCCCUUCGCAAGUGCCAAACUUUAUCGAUGGGGUGGUGUUUCCCUAAUUACAGCUGGUGGUCUCUUCACCCUGGUGGUGAGCCUGUUUAUUGUGUGGAAGGAGGUGGCUGCUGAUCUGCAUAAAUACAUUCUUCUCGAACGUAGUGAAGAUUGCCAGGAGAUGUUGGUAUCAGUGCAGUAUGGGUGGUCCUUCAUGUUUGCUUCUUCUGGAAUUCCAUUGACUCUCCUUUCAGGGCUACUCUUUUACCUAAUUGGACGACAUAUUCAAAGAAACAAAUGAGUGCCCAGAAGCUAGUAUACAUUACUGUAAUUAUAGUCCUUUAUAUACUUUAUAUUUAUGAAAAGGCAGAAAGUUGUACAUACUGUUGUGACUAUAUGGUGAGUCUUCCUCUUUCUGUAAUGGAUUUGCUUUAAUGUUCAUAUGCCAGCAUGACACCGGAGGUAAAGCAGUACCUAAAGCAAUGAUACGUUUACUCAUAAAAAAAUGAUAUGAAUUGUAGAUGACUGAACUGUAUGCACCACAAUU